AGAAACAUGUCCACUACCCAGCUCCUCUUGAACUUCAACCCCAGAGAGACUCGCUCUGCUCUUAUCAAUAGAUUAAGUUGAGGGGGGAAAAAAACGUGUUUUUAAGCAGUUAUCCUGUUAACCAACUGCUAGUAAGAAAAGCAGGAGUGAUAAGGACGGUCAGCUCUCUGAUAACUCCACUUGGAAGAAGAGCAUCCCCGUCAGAGUUUCGGACCUCUAAUUCAGAAAAACAUUCCCUGGUAGAUCUUCAGAAAGCACUCGAAAGCUUUUACCCAGGAGAAGCAUCAUGUUGAGUAAAGAUCUUCCAGACAUCGAGAGCAUCCUGGCUCUGAAUCCCAGGGUGAAGACUCAUGCUCAGAUCAUGUCCACAGAAAACAAGAAGAAAGAAAAGAAACACUGGAAGAGAAACCCUGAGCGAGGCUGUGAUUCUUGUGUUAAAUUAGAGAACAACUUUGAUGAUAUCAAACAUACCACCCUGAGUGAGCGUGGAGCUCUACGAGAAGCACUGAGGUGUCUUAAAUGUGCGGAUGCUCCUUGUCAGAAGAGUUGCCCUACUAACCUGGACAUUAAGUCAUUUAUCACAAGCAUCUCUAAUAAGAACUACUAUGGAGCAGCGCGGGCGAUCCUCUCUGACAACCCCUUGGGCUUGACUUGUGGAAUGGUUUGUCCCACAUCAGAGCUGUGUGUGGGGGGCUGCAACUUAUACGCUUCAGAGGAGGGACCUAUUAACAUCGGAGGGUUACAGCAGUUUGCUACCGAGGUGUUUAGUAAGAUGGGCAUCCCUCAAGUCAGAAAUCCUGAACUCCCACCAGCCAAUGAAAUGCCAGAAUCUUACCACUCAUCGAUAGCUCUGAUUGGUUGUGGUCCAGCGUCAGUCAGCUGUGCCUCCUUCCUGGCUCGUCUUGGAUACGAUAAUAUCACCGUAUUUGAGAAGCAGAAGUACAUUGGAGGACUAAGCACAGCAGAAAUCCCUCAGUUCCGGCUUCCCUAUGAGGUUGUCCAGUUUGAAAUAAACCUGAUGAAGGACUUGGGGGUCAAGGUUCAAUGCGAGAAGGGUCUAGGUAUCAAUGGGAUGACCUUGACCUCCCUGAAGGAGGAAGGAUUUAAGGCUGUUUUCCUUGGGAUUGGUCUCCCUCAGGCCAACAGGGCCAAGAUCUUCGAUGGUUUAACCAUGGAUCAAGGUUUCUUCACCUCCAAAGACUUUCUGCCCAUGGUGGCCUUAGCCAGCAAGAAAGGUAUGUGUCAGUGUCGCUCUUCCCUCCCAGAGAUGAGAGGCGUGGUGAUCGUUCUUGGGGCCGGGGACACUGCGUUUGACUGUGCCACCUCAGCUCUUCGCUGUGGAGCCAAAAGAGUCUAUGUGUGUUUCAGGAAGGGAUUCACCAACAUCAGGGCUGUUCCUGAGGAGAUGGAGUUGGCCAAGGAGGAAAAGUGCGAGUUCCUGCCAUUCCUUUCUCCUCGCGAGGUCAUCAUGAAAAAUGGUCAUGUUGCAGGAUUACAGUUCUGUCGCACUGAGCAGACUGAGGGAGGUGACUGGUUGGAGGAUGAGGACCAAGUAGUCAGGCUGAAGGCUGAUUACAUCAUUAGUGCCUUUGGGUCAAUACUCAACGAGCCGCAAGUGACUGAGGCCAUGGCUCCUGUCAAGCUGAACCGCUGGGGUACUCCAGAGGUGAACACAGACACAAUGCAGACCAGUGAGCCCUGGGUGUUUGCAGGAGGAGACAUUGCUGGUUUGGCAAACACCACAGUGGAAUCAGUGAAUGAUGGCAAGCAGGCCUCUUGGCAUCUUCACAGAUACAUACAGUCCCUGCAUGGACAGACAGUGGACCAGGUUCCUAAGCUGCCGUUGUUCUACAGCGCUAUAGAUCAGGUGGACAUCAGCGUUGAAGUUUGUGGAAUAAAGUUUCCAAACCCAUUUGGCCUGGCAUCUGCCCCACCCACCACCAGUACAGCUAUGAUCAGGAGAGCUUUUGAACAAGGCUGGGGCUUCGCUCUGACCAAAACAUUCGGGCUGGAUAAGGACCUGGUGACCAAUGUGUCCCCUCGUAUUGUGCGUGGAACCACCUCAGGUCAUGUGUUUGGACCAGGCCAAGGCUCCUUCCUCAACAUUGAGCUCAUCAGUGAGAAGACAGCAGCCUACUGGUGUCAGUCAGUAGAAGAGCUAAAGAAAGACUUCCCCAAUAAUGUGGUGAUCUCCAGUAUAAUGUGCAGUUACAACAAGGAAGACUGGACAAUACUGGCCAAGAUGGCGGAGAAAUCAGGAGCAGAUGCACUGGAGCUGAACCUGUCAUGUCCUCAUGGGAUGGGCGAGAGAGGAAUGGGAUUGGCUUGUGGACAGGACCCUGUGUUGGUGCGUAACAUCUGUCGCUGGGUGCGUGAAGCCAUUUCCAUUCCGUUUUUUGCCAAAUUGACACCAAACGUUACCAAUAUUGUUGACAUUGCAAAGGCUGCUCAUGAAGGUGGAGCAGACGGUGUAACAGCCACCAACACAGUCUCAGGUAUGAUGGGACUGAAGGCCGAUGGCUCCCCCUGGCCUGGUGUUGGAAAGGGCAAACGCACCACGUAUGGAGGGGUGUCUGGUAACGCCAUCAGACCUAUCGCUCUCAGAGCAGUAUCGGCCAUCGGCAGAGCUAUUCCUGGUUUCCCAGUUUUGGCCACUGGAGGUAUCGACUCAGCUGAGAGUGGACUACAGUUUCUUCAUGCCGGGGCCUCAGUGUUACAGGUGUGCAGUGCAGUACAGAAUCAGGACUUCACAGUGAUUGAGGAUUACUGUGUGGGUCUGAAGACCUUGUUGUACCUGAAGAGUCUGGAGCUGAAGGACUGGGAUGGUCAAUCUCCUCCAACAGUGAAACAUCAAAAAGGAAAACCAGUGCCAAGAAUUGAAGAUCUCGUUGGAAAGAGCCUCCCUAGCUUUGGUCCGUACCUUCUAGAGAAGAAGGAGGCCGUUGCAGAGUACAAGAAGCAGCUCAGAGAUGCUGAUCAAACUGAUGAAGCUGAAGACACCAUCAGCAGAAUCAGCACUCAGCGUCCCACAAAACCUGUUCCUGCUGUCAAGGACGUCAUUGCCAGAGCGCUGCGCUACAUUGGAGCAUACCAGGAACUUGACAACAUAGAGCAGGUCCAGGCUCUGAUAGAUGAAGAAAUGUGCAUCAACUGUGGUAAAUGUUACAUGACCUGCAAUGACUCUGGAUACCAGGCUAUAGAAUUCGACCCAGAAACCCACCUUCCCAUUGUGACUGACAGCUGUACGGGCUGCACUCUGUGCCUCAGUGUUUGCCCGAUCAUAGACUGCAUCAAAAUGGUUACCAGGACAACGCCUUAUACACCUAAGAGGGGUGUGCCAAUAAGUCCUGUCUACUAAAGGAAACACCAAAAUGUAAUCACCACAUUUGUGAUCGUGGAGAUCAGAUAUUAGAUUUUAUGUAAUGAAAAGUGAAUCUUCCUAAUGAUCUUUGAGUCAUAAGAAAAAUGGCUGUAAACAUUAUAAACAUGCAUUUAAAUUAUUAUUGAUUGUGUAAAAUAUGUGAAAGAGAUUGGACAAUGACAUCCACUAUUUUUUAUUUACCUGCUAGAGAAGGAAGGUAACUGAUAUGUGUUGAUUUUGGUAAACUGUAAAUUGACUGCACUGAUCCACCCAUCUGGAUCAAACAAACCUCAUUUACUGUCAGUCACACACACACUCACACACACACACACACACACACACACACACGUUAAUGGCUAUGCCUUUAUGGGAAAUUUGACUUUGACUUGUAAACUGCCAGAGAUUUGAAAUUGAACAGUUUUACAGACAACACUACAUAUAGCACUGAGAAAUGAAAUGGGUUAAUUGCCUUUUUAUGAAUCUGUGAAUCUGUUGUUGAUUGAUAAAUAAAUCUAACAGAAAGGGCUUUAUAAGUUGCUGGUUUUGGCAUUGUUGUUAUCCCUGUAUAACCACUUUUUGUUUAAUGUAAUGAUGGACACUUGUUUCAAUUAAAUGUGCAUUUAAUUGUAUUAUAUAGAGGGAAAUGUAUCUUUGAUUGAUCUAUGAUUCAAAUAAAGUUUUGAUAUUCAGAAGCAAA